CUCUCUCUCUCUCUCUCUCAUGUUGAGGUUCAGUGGCAUGUAGGUGUUACUUUUUCUCCUUUUCUUCAUGCCAUUAUAUAUAUAUAUAUAUAUAUAUAUAUAUAUAUAUCUCAUGUUGAUGUUCAGUGGCAUGUAGGUGUUACUUUUUGCCCUUUUCUUCAUGCCAUUAUAUAUAUAUAUAUAUAUAUAUAUAUAUAUAGUAUUCUUCUUAGACUUGAGGAGCUAGCAUUUGUUUUUCAUCUCCAUUUAAUUAUUACCAUGCCUUCACCAUCAAGUUUUCCUUCAUUUUCUUGUGGUUUUUCUCUGCAAAAUUUCUUGCUUCUUGUUUUGUUGUGCACUUGGGGGUGGAUUGAAGGUGUAAAUGCUGCCAACAAUGUGAAAUUUGGUAACAUUUCAAAAGCGGAAGAUGCUCAAAACUUCCACAUAUACUAUGGCCAGACUUUCAAGGUCAUCAAGAACAGCAUGGACGGCAAGAGUUAUCUUCUUAUCCAGAAUAAUACGAGGAUGGCAGCUAGAUCGAAAUAUUGCACGGCAAGAAUCAAAUCAUUUGUUAUCCCAUUGUCAAAUUACUCCAUCGAUACUAUGUAUUUUCCAAUUUCUUUCUUUGAGAUUUUGGGCUUAAUAGGAAACUUGAAGGCCAUUACAUCAGACUUGGUCACUUCAGAGUGUGUGCUUAAACUAUACAAUGAAGGACAGAUAGAGAUGGUCAACAAAAGUGAGCCACAACAGCUUGCACAAUUUGCAGCACACUUCAUUAGCAACAAUGAUCAACCUCAAUCUUGCAACUUUGCAACUUUUUUCCCUUCCGGGGAGGAAUAUCCCCUCCAGAGAGCAGAGUGGAUCAAGUACUUGGGAGUUUUUGCAAAUUUGGAAAGCAGAGCAAAUCAAGUCUAUGAUGCAAUUAAAGAGAACUAUAUGUGCUUGACCAAAGUUGCUGCAAGCAAGACAACUAAGUUUAAACCAACAGUGGCUUGGUUGGAGUACAAUGAUGGUGUAUGGUCUUUUACAAAAGAAACCUACAAAUUAAAGUACGUUGAAGAUGCUGGUGGACUAAAUGUGGACAACUCCAUAAACAAAGUCACCUACAACAUCUCUAUACCAGAUGACCUUGAAGAAUUUCAUGCCAUCUUAUGUUUUGUAGAUGUAGUGAUUGAUGAAACCUACACUACAGACCCAGUUGGCUACACUGUCUCCACUUUUUUCCAAAAUAUAAAUGUUGAAGAUAGAUCUUGUUUUGGUUUUCUUACAAAUCAAAGCUUGUGGAGAUUUGACAAAAGAGUCCAAAAGUCCACCAAUGCCCUUGACUGGUUUGACGGAGCGAUUUCUCAGCCUCAACUGGUUCUAGCAGAUCUAAUUGAAGUUUUUUUCCCAUCAGGAAAUUACACUACAACAUACUUCAGAAAUCUAGCAAAGGAAGAAGGAGUAAUCGGCAUUGGUCCUGAAAUGUGUGAUAGAGAUAGCUCUGAUGCUAUGGAGCCAACCUUCAUAGCAUGCCAGUGAAGUUAUACAGUAAUUUAAGAUUUUUUGCUCCAAAUUUCAUAACAUAUAUUCAUUAUGUUAGAAUUACUCUUCCUUGUUUCAUUCUUGAAUUUUGUAGCACUCAGUGGCUCUCAAUUUCACAAACCAUUAGAAAAAUGUUCAUAGAACUUAUGAGGAUGUUAUUAUUUCUAUAAAUCACAAUAUUGAAAACAGCACUAACUUAUAUGGGGAGAGUAGAACUAUAUUUGU